CGAGGCAGCCGGCGUUGCAAGGGCAGCAGACGGCACGCUUGGUGGCAAGUGGAAGUUGCGUCGCACCCGUUCUCUGCAGUGUUGUCGAGCGGCAUCUCUUCAUCCCCGUUCGCGCAGUCCAUUGGUGGACGAGACUUGUGGUAAAUUGCGGUGGGAUUGCUCCGCGGGUUUGGUCGCUGAGAUCGGUGUUUGGUGCCGAAUUACUGUGCGUUUGAUCGGUAUCUUGGGAGGUAGUUGAUCGAGUGCUGUUGUUACGAGCAUCAUGGCUCUCGUGAGCGGUAGUCUGCGGCAAAGCCACCGGCGCGCCAACUGGGCAGUAGUCUGCGUUGGGCUUGUCAUCUUGGUCAGCGUCGCGCAGGUGAUGGCGAUAACGACCGGGACGUCUGCAUCAAAGGGACAGUUUGAGUAUGGGAGGCCAUACGAUGUGGCAAAGACGGACGGUGGAUCUUUGUCGUUGUGGUCGGAGUCGUUUGAGGAAUUGACGAAGCAUGGUGCUCACAUCGUAGCUGGCCAUCUGACGCUGGAGGCGAACGGGUUCGCCCUCCCUGCAUUGCCGUUUCUUGACGAAGUGUUAACCUGUUCGGCCCAUGUCGGUCUGAUGACGCCGAUGGGCAUUUCUGCGGCGAUCCAGAGGAUCAGCGAGGGGGAUGUGGUAGUGAUACCACGUGGAUGGGCUAGUUGGGCGUGUAACCGUCAGGAGAGGCGGUUUAAGGCGCUCUUCGUGGCUGAUUUAUCUGAGCAUGCGGGCAUCUCUGCCAAGGAGAGUUCCUUCGCGCUGGCUGGCUCCAUGAAGGACUUGGGGGAAGGCUGGCGGCAGGGCAGCGUCCUGCACGGGUUUACGAAGGACGUGCUGGCAGCGGCGUGGGAUGUGGAGGAAAGGGAUGUCGAGAAACUCCUGAACUCUCAGAGAGAAAGCGUGAUAACGAAGGUUUCACGGGAGGCAGCGGAGUCGUACGUCUCGUCGGAGCCGUCGGCGGCUGGGUUUGUAGGGGAGUUCAUCUACAGCUUGAAGAAUUCGCAACCGGAUGUCUUUAACGAGGGGGGCGAAUUCCAUCUCGUCAACCGCAACAAGUUGCAGACGCUACACAAAUAUGGCACGGACUUCGCUGUGGCCUUUGCGAAAUUGAAUAAGGGAGCAAUUGGCGCGCCGGGAUGGUGCGUUAACGCGCACCACAUCGUGUACUUCACUAAGGGCAGUGGACGAUUUCAAAUUGCACAUCCCGACGGGAGUAAUGCUCUGGACGCUCACGUUCGUGCUGGAUCAGUGAUCGUCGUGCCGCGUUUUCAUGCAGCAGUCGUGUUGGCUUCGAAAGAAGAGGAGCUGGAGUACGUGGUCGUCUCCACUUCCUCGCUGCCUAUUUGGGUGAACAUGGCCGGUCAGAACUCCGUGUUUCAGAAUAUGCCUGCGACGGUGGUGAAGGAGGCUUUCAACAUUUCCGAGGACCUUUUGGAGAAGCUGCGGCACCGCAGAACCUCACACUCGAUCAUACUGCCUGCGCCCACCACUUCUGAGCAGAAGCAGCGCGAGCCGGUGGAGGCCAAGAAGCCAUCGCAGGGCCUGCCAUACGCGUUCAUGUGACUCGUGUGAGCAUAGACGGACCCCCUUGAGAAGGCGCUGAUCGUAGAGGUACAUUGAGGUUGCAGUGCCAGAAGCAGCACGAGCAGGUCGAGGACAAGAAGCCAUCACAGGGUCUGCCAUGCGCAUCAUGUGAGCAUGGGCGGACCCUGGAGACGAGAACUGUGCUUAUAGAGCCUCGUUGAGGCUGUCGUAGUGCCCGUUUCAUGUGAACGUGGACCAACACAGUUUCUGCGUCCCCGUGAACUGCCAGUGAAACAGCAGUGCGAGGGAGAAAACGUAUGACGUUGCCGCACUGUGAAAGUGUAAAUUAGGGAAACUCUCUUUGUCAAUGGACGUGAAUAGACUGGAUGGUGCAGAGCUACUUGCUCGAUGAUGCCUUGGCUUGCCGACACGGAGACUCCUGCUAGGAAGCAGCAAGACUGGGAGGGGCAGAGAAAGCCAGUCCAGUGCGAGUCAGUGAAUCCCUGUUAGUGAAGGUCACAGUGACCAUGAGCAGACCACGUUUGUUUUACUUGAUGAGGAUGUCCUGUGCAAUGGAGUACUCGUUCGUGGAUGAUUUUGACGACAGGAAGGUGGAUUUUAGAUGAGGUAUUAGGGCAGAAUGUCAUUUGUCGGGAAGGCUUGUAGAGAUGGCGAGUAGUGUGCAGCAGAUGCGAGUGCCCUUGAGGCCCGUUGAGGGAGCUGCGUUGUUCUCAUGAUGUAUGAAUGCCUGAGGCCCGGAGUUUAGCAGAUUGUAAAAUAAAAUAGGCGGGUCGUGUGAACGUUGGCAGAGGUGAUAGCGGAGCGGGUGGUCAUUGUCAUGCUGUUUUGGGUCCUUCCCCCUCUGUUAGGUGGCGUUGACAGCAUUGUCUCUUGUGUUAGGUUUAGCAAAUUAGCAGUGCGUGUUAGAUGGGUUCGUAUCCCCUUACCGUUGGGGCAGGAGUCGUUAAAUUCAUCCGCAUGUCAGCAUUGUCCUAAUCAGCCUCUUUUGUCCUGUAACUUGUGGGUACCGAAGGAUCCGAAGGAUUGACCGGAUCCAGUUCGUUCAGGUCCAUCUCAGCAAGAUCUGUGGUUGGCAAGAAUCUGGGUCCAUGUUAGCAGUCAGCGGCCUCGAUCUUUUACUUCCUCAUGAUAGUGGCUGACACUGGUAGACCGUGUGACUGAGAUAGUGAAGCACACACGUAGAGGGGGAGUGUACAGUAGUUGUUCGCUGGAGCAUUCAGGAUGAUUCAGCUGCCCUAGUCUUUUACAUCAUGAUAGUGUACAGUAGCUGGUAUCUGGAGCAUUCAGCUGCUCAUGACAGCGAGUCCGACACUCGUUUAACUGUUAAUAAAACAGUGAUGCAGACAUCUUGUGGGUAGAGUGUACAGUAGUUGGUCUCUGGUUACACGGGGGCUCUGGUUACACGGGGGCUCUGAUAGACUGUGAUAGUAGGUACACGGGGGCUUUGAUAGUAUGCAGUGUAGAAGUAGACUCGGGGAUUCUCAACGAAAAGUGCUUUGGAUGUGUAUCUCGUAGUGUUAUGAGAAUU